CAUUUCACUUCGGGAGCGUAGGUUUCGUUGAGCACGGAGCGAACUUGUUUAUUUGACAAAAGUUGAACGUUAAAUGAGGAAACUGCUCGAACAAGAGCUCUUUUUAUGCGCUUGCCAACCCUUGUUUUCUCUCAUCUUAAGAGCAAGAGGGAAUGCGUGGAUGAAAAAGUAGAAAUAGGGACGUUGAGCUCGAAAACGCUCAUUCGUGAUCGUCAAUUUGAAGUGAACAUCGUGAACGUACAAUCCUGUGCUCAUCAUGACUGGAAGAGGAAAGGGAGGAAAAGGUCUGGGUAAAGGAGGAGCCAAGCGUCACCGAAAAGUGCUGCGGGAUAACAUCCAGGGCAUUACCAAGCCCGCCAUCCGCCGUUUGGCUCGGCGCGGAGGAGUGAAACGUAUCUCCGGUCUCAUCUACGAGGAAACCCGUGGCGUCCUGAAAGUAUUUCUGGAGAAUGUGAUUCGUGAUGCGGUCACUUACACUGAACACGCCAAGCGUAAGACCGUCACCGCUAUGGAUGUGGUGUAUGCUCUGAAGCGUCAGGGCCGCACUCUGUACGGUUUUGGAGGUUAAAUUUAUCUCUAUAAAACUUCCAUGUGGAGUCUCAAAUCAAACGGUCCUUUUCAGGACCACAAUACAUUACUCAAGAGCUGUGUCUUUCGCAACAUUAAAAUGUUUUAUUUGAGAGAAAAAAUGUCUAUGAUGGCUUCGAAUGGUGUGCGUAUAACAUUUUACUCGCAUAACAAGCACUCACACUGCUGUAUAUUCAGUGCAUUUACAUGAAAUGGCGUUUUGUAAAUGUGCCUUUUAAACGUAUGUGCAUGCGUUUGAAGCGUACAUAAAAGCGA